UUACAAUCUAAAUAGACAGUGGGGACACAGAGAGGAAAAAUUACUGUACAAGGUCACCCAGCUAAUCAAUGACAAAGGCAGGCACAGAAGAACCCAGGUGUCCCGAUUCCAAAUCUGGUACCCUACGCACAUGAGAUUUCUUGGUCUUCCACUGUCCUGAUCACUGUUGGCCUGAUAGCUCCAGCAGAAGUCAAUGAGAACUGCAGGUGCGCAAAUCAGGCCUAGAUGCUGCUGCUUCCUGAUCCUUAUCCAAGGUAGCAGGACUGCAGGUUGACUCCAAGCCCUGCUCCCUCAGUAGCAAAGCUGAGACAGUUUAAAUUAAACUGUUACACCUAUCCUAAUUGAACUGUGCAGUCAUACCCUCCCUUUUGUAUUUUUCUCAUAAAACAUCUGUGGCAGAGAUUUGGGGGGAGGCAGUUGGAGAACAGAAUUUGACUAGCAAACCAGACUACUGAAUCUGCUGCCUGCCUCCAGUGCUAUCCACUGCUUUGGAGGAAGGUGAAAAGCCCCAUACAGCACUUGGCCAAUUGUGGGAAGUCCUUUCUGCACAGAGCAGGGAGUGCAUUCUCCCACUUGCUCAGAAAUGACUCAUGUAGGAACUCUCUCCACUCCCAAAGAUCAAUUAGCCCUGGAGAGUACUCCCCCUUUUCCCUCCAUGCACACAUGAAUUCACUCAGCAGGGGAUCAUUUUUUGUGAUAUAAACACUUGUCAGUUAAGAACAAAUCAAAGGACAAACACAUUCUGGAUGGAUCAUCAGACAGCCACCAGAUUGUAACACACUACUGUCGCUCCUGAGCUGUCCCAGAGAGAAAGGCAGCAUAUUCCAUGUAACAGUCACUUGAGCCAUCUAGUCCUCCUGAUACUUAUUCUCCUGUCUUUCUAACAGCUGAUUGGGACAACACCAUCUACCCUGCAGAGUUCUGACACCACUCUGGAGAUGAAUCUGAAGGACUUCAUCUUUGGAGAAGUUCAAACUGGCUGCAAACUCCCCUGUUCAGGACCCUCUAUGACUGGCCAAACCAGAACUCUGACUCCAAACACCCCUGAGCUGGAUCUAAAUCUGGAUUUGAGUUUACUAGUUCACACCCAUUUCUGAUACAGACACCAGCUCUACACAUCCCGUCUCCUCCAUCUCCAGUAUUGCUAGCCCCAGGCAUUCAAAAAUCAUGAGUCAGCCCCCCCAUCAGAUUUUUCAAAGUAACAAUGUGGGGGAGGUCUUUUUAUUUGGUUUUUGAGCCAUCAUUCAGGUCACAUAUUCCAGCUUCUCUUUGCAAUGAUGUGGGCUAGAAUCUCUCAAGACCACUUGACUCCAAGGAACUGGGGCUUGCAGAAAAAUACCAAAUAGUGUGAAACUCACCCUGGUUUGGGUGUGCCCUAGCCUGGGUGCAUUGAAUGAAUGAAUAAAAGCUCAUGAAUAUUAUUCUGGAUAGACAAGGCUGGUGUUUUGCUGUGAGUGUUUCUUGGUAGAGCAGUAAGGCCCUUUCUGGGAAAAUCUAAGCUUAAAAAAAAAAUAAUGCUUAGCAUUUCCUUAAUGGAAAUCCAGCGGGGAAAACCCCUGCAGUUCCAUUCUCGUAGGCCAGGCAGGACUGCAAAUUCCAGAUCACCUGCCAAGCUUAUAAAACAGGUGAAACAAGUGAAACGAGAGACACAUACAGUCACAAACAGAUCCUGAGAGAUACAGAGAGAGAAAAGGCGAAUCUAUCUGGACACACAGGCAGCCAGAGAAGAGCGGUAACAGCACAGAUCCUUGUAGAACACCAAUGGGAAACUGGGUCGUGAACCACUGGUUUCCAGCUGUGGUGAUUGCAGCCUGGUUGGGCCUGAAUGUUUUCCUGUUUGUAUAUUAUUUCCUGCUGUUUGACAGAGAUAAGAAGUUCUACUACACCAGAGUGCUCCUUGGGUCUGCAUUGGCAUGGGCCCGGGCCUCUGCAAAAUGCCUGAACUUUAACAGCAUGCUGAUCCUGUUACCAGUGUGUCGCAACCUGCUCUCCUUCCUGAGGGGCACCUGCUCGUGUUGCAGGCGCACAAUGAGGAAGCAGCUAGAUCACAACCUCACCUUCCACAAGCUUGUGGCCUAUGCGAUUGCUCUGUUCACAGCUGUUCACAUCAUCGCCCACCUGUGUAACUUUGAGUGGUACAAUGACAGCCAGCAAGCUGCGGAUGGGAGCCUCUCCUCCAUCCUCUCCAACCUGCACCAAGAUGAGGAGAGUAACAAGUGGCUAAACUCCAUCCACACCAACAGCACGACUCCAGCAUAUGUAACAUUCACUACUAUCCCGGGCCUGACAGGCGUGAUCAUUACUGUGGCGCUGAUCCUCAUGGUCACCUCCUCCAUGGAGUUCAUCCGCAGGAGCUCUUUUGAGGUCUUCUGGUACACACACCAUCUCUUCAUCAUCUACUUCGCCGGUCUUGUUAUCCAUGGCAUCGCUGGUCUUGUUCGUGGGCAGACAGCAGAGAACUUGAAUAAGCACAACCCCGAGCACUGUGUGCAGGACCCUACACACUGGGGAAGAAACAACACAGAUUCCCACUGUGAAGAGCCCGAGUUUGAGAGCAUCCCAGCUGAGUCCUGGCAGUGGGUGCUGACCCCAAUCCUUCUCUAUGUCUUUGAGCGGGUCUUACGCUUUUGGCGGUCUCGACAGAGGGUCGUUGUUACAAAGGCUGUCGUACACCCAUCAAAAGUGUUAGAACUACAGAUGCACAAGAAGGGCUUCAGCAUGGAAGUGGGCCAGUAUAUUUUCAUCAAUUGCCCCUCUGUCUCGCACCUGGAGUGGCAUCCUUUCACCCUGACCUCUGCACCAGAAGAAGACGACUUCUCUGUCCACAUCCAGGCAGCAGGGGACUGGACAGAGAAUCUUAUUGAUACCUUUCAGCAGCAGAAACCAAAGACACCCAGGAUAAACGUGGAUGGCCCCUUUGGCACAGCCAGUGAAGAUGUAUUCCAGUAUGAGGUUGCUAUGCUGGUGGGAGCAGGGAUCGGGGUCACGCCCUUUGCCUCUGUACUGAAAUCAAUCUGGUACAAGUUCCAGCAUGCAGACCAGCAUCUCAAAACCAAAAAGAUCUACUUCUACUGGCUCUGCCGGGAUACAGGUGCAUUUGCCUGGUUCAAUGACCUGCUCGCCUCCCUGGAGCAAGAGAUGGAGAAAUCUGGCAAAACAGGUUUCCUGAACUACAGACUCUUCCUCACAGGCUGGGACAACAGUGUUGCUGGCCAAGCAGCUUUCAACUUUGAUAACGACACGGAUGUGGUGACAGGUCUCAAACAGAAAACCUCCUUUGGGAGACCCAUGUGGAGCAAUAUGUUCUCUGCAGUGGCAACUGCCCACCCCAGGUCUGUAGUGGGGGUGUUCCUCUGUGGGCCUCAAGCUUUGGCAAAGAGCCUGCAGAAGUGCUGCCAUCAGUACUCCAGCCUGGACCCUAGGAAAGUCAAAUUCUACUUCAACAAGGAGAACUUCUAAGCAGCAGGAACAUGGUGACUAUACUGUGACACACCACAACCUCCCAAAGAACAAUUAUCUGAUCCUCUACAGCUCCUUUUAAAACUGAAUCAACCUGGCCCUGCUGAGGAUGCGCUGACUGACACUACUGGGAAAUGCUGCCAUUCAAACCAUGUGUCUCCUACCUACUAAACUCAAGGAAGAAGUGAGCUUCCAAAACAACACUGCAUUCCUCCAAAGGAAGUGUCCUUUUGAGUUUUCCACCUUGCAUCUCCUUUAAAGGGGAGGGGAAUGGGUCUCCUUCACUAGAGGUCAACAGUGAUCUCACAUGCAGAUCAGAGUUGAAAUGGACUUUCUGGUGCAAUCAGCAUGAUCUUACAAAGUUUGAUUGUGGCACCUGCACAAGGGACUGAUAAAGGCUGAGACUGAUGAUUAAACUUGAUUUGGGCAUGGACAGAGGAAUUCCAGGAUGAUGGACUUGGGGGAAAUCUGCUGGGGAGGACAGAGGUAAUUUGUAGUUAAUCCAUCACAAAGGGGCAAUAUUCUCCAAUAAAUGUUUCUGUACAUGAAUAUUAAAAUAAACAAAACUUGCUUCCAUUGUAAAUAACUUGGGAUAAAACCCAACCCUGGUGAACCAUUCUGUUCAAUUUAAGAUGCAAAUGCAGAGCAUUUACCUAGUGUCUGAUGGUGUCUGUUGAACCUGUGCUCUGUCUGCGCUAAUUGUAAAGAACAGUAAUAAAGUCAAAUUGCCACCUCCUCUCCCAUCACAGCUGUUCUGUUUUGUGACAUUGUGAGCAUAUUCUGUCAUCCAGUAGCCAGAGCAGAAAGGUUUAACAAGCCGAUUGAGAGUGACUCACGGAAACGAAACCUGCCUGAAUGUAUCCUGAAAAGAAGAAAAUCAUAUUACCAGGAAUGGAAGAUAUCUUAAAUGAUACAGCAGCCACAGCUGAUCUGCCAGUUGAGAGCAAGGGGCUUAGCAAUCCACAAUGGCAUUUUUCACAUCAGGAUGGGUAGGACUGAAAGCUAAGCUACCCAUUUCAGCCCUAUAGGAGAUCUUCCACAGAAGGAUGUACACAAGUGUAAGGGGUGUUGUAGGAACAGUUGCACUGCAGCUUCCUUUGCUGCACCCAGUGGUGGGCAGAGUGCUCCAGUGCUGCAAUUCAGUGUCUUACACCAGCACACAAUUCACUGAAAGAAAUGCCCAAGACAAACUUCAAUCAGACAAGUGCGACAGAUACAUUUUCAUCACAGGUGCUUUGAUAAGGGUGCCUCAUAAAUCUUGCCAAAGUGACUGUGGCCUAAAUGUUCCCACCUGCCUGCUAUCACAAAAGACCUUACCACUUAAAUGGGGGGUUGCCACGAACUGUUUGAAAUGUUUUUUCUCUCACUGAUGGAGUGAACUGACAUGGUUGUUAAUGAAAGAAAAAUGACACAGAUGUGGGCAUUUUCAGUGGGCCCAGUUGGUGCCUGACAAGGUUUCCAGAUCAACUGGGACAUUCUUGGUAAGAGGACAUCUUCACCUCAUGCGCCUUUCACUCCUCAGAGGCCACAUGUAUAAACUCAGCAGAGCAGACAUAAUACAGACCCGCCUCUUUGUCCCACCACAGUGGUCAGGCUGGCCUAACUGUCCCUUGUCAUACUCCUCAGAUAACAAUUUCAGUCCACCAGCCUUCUCCAGACACGCCCAGUUUACUCAGUUUCUUCUGCCAGAGACUGCAAGUAAUAACGGCAGCAUCUCAACUGUUCAGCAAAUAGCAACAAGCUGCCUAGAGGGACCAUCUCUUUCUCCCACCAUCCCCUUUAGGAAGAGUCAUGUUGAGCACAGAUCAGCCUGUAAGAAACCUUCUGUGUGGUUAAGGGAAGAAGGCUGGGAAACAUGGAGUUUGGUGUCUGCAGGAACACAGUGACUAAUGAUCAAUCCUGGAGCCAGGACAUGUUGCACCAGAUGAAGGAAUUCCCUGAUUAUACUGGAGAGAGGCCAUCAUGCCUGGCCAGGUGAAGGGCUCACAC